AUGGUCCACCAUCCUCUCAUCCGCCAACAUAGACGGAGCGAUAUCUUUGCUUCUCCAACUGUCUCUGGUAUAACCGGGGCGUUGACAGCUGGUGCGGGAGCGACAACUGCAACUGCCCUUGCAGAAGCUCAAAAUACAGCGAGUAAUGGAACUCCGAGUUUAGAAGGGUUAGCAACUGGCGUUGCGGGAGUGUCUACUACCUCCUCUACAUCUUCCUCAAGCUCCUUCAAGUCGACAGCUUCUGUAUCAUCAUCCUCAUCAUCCGCAUCCAGUAGCUCCUCCAUUUCCAUGAGUACAGUUAUUGGAGCAUGUGUUGGCACUCUGGUCGGAGUUCUUGCUCUCGUGCUUUUGGCUAUAUGGCUAUAUAAGCGCAGUGACCCAACGAAAAAGCGCAGACCCAAUACUCGCGCCGGUCCAGGGCUCCAGCCUAAUUGGAAUAAACUUGGUGACGACGAUGAUAAAUGGGAGGGAAUGGACAAGAAACCGGAAACCGCGGAGAUUGCUCCAAUGGAGAAACUUACUAUGUUCAAAAAGUCAACGCCCAGCAUUCGCACCGCGUAUACAUCGAAGACUGAAGAGCUGCCUGCCUUUGACUUCGGUUCUCAUCCAUUCUCUCAGUAUCAUCCAAAUCUUGCGAAAGAACUCGCUUCUGCGGAUGAGCCCCCAGUGCCUCCGUUCAGACACAGAGCUGAUUCAGCCGCCGUCUCUUGGGACGGAGAUACUAUCGGUGGAGCUUCCUUCCUUUCUGCUCCGUCGAAGCGUAUGUCUGGUGCCAUGUCUCCUACAGUAGAAAUCGCUAGACCAACUCCCGCACUUACUAAUUCGGAGCCUCAUCGUUGGGAAUCUGCAGAGGUGGUGAACCUUGAGGGACACGUAGCUGAAGUCAUUGACCCUCAGGAUUCAGAAAAUCCAUUUGAACAUCCCAUGGAACGGAGGAAGAGUCAGCACAACCCGUUCUUCGGUUCUAGCUCUAGCGAAGUCCCUAUUGCCAAAGACUAUAAGGGCAAGGGUAGAGCACGAGAACUCACACCUCUUCCGCCGAUACCAGUCAGCAAUCCUUUCGUUGACGAUAGCGAAAAUUUGGAUAAAACCCCUACUCGUCCGACCUUCAAUCAUCAAGUCAUUGGAUCUGUGUCGUCAAUAUCUUCCAAUGACCGUGCCAUUCAGUCCCUUAUUGCCGCUCUGGACACCACUCCUGAAGAAGUACAUGCAAGGCUGAAGGUAGCGGAACCUUCUCUUGCUUCAGAUACUGCCGACUCCAUUUAUACGUCUGCUGAAUACAAUUCUGAAGACGAGGACGCGGAGGAAGACGUUACGAAUUCCUUCCCUCUGCCCCCUGGUUCUGAUCAUUCUGGUCACUCUUUCGAUUAA